AUGUCUUCCAAGCGUAUCGUCCUCAUCACCGGAGCCAACACCGGUAUUGGCUAUGAAACAGUCAAGAUCCUGCUGCAAUCCGACAGGGCAUACCACAUCAUUAUUGGAUCAAGGUCCCUUGAAAAAGGCGAAUCUGCCCUUGCCGAACUUAAAAAGGAGGUGCCGUCCACCGCAAGCUCUUUGGAGGUCAUUCAAGUGGAUGUGGCCGAUGAUGAUUCAAUCAUUGGCGCCUUCAAGAGUAUCAAAGAAAAGCAUGGGCUGCUCGAUGUCCUGAUUAACAACGCCGGCGCCUCCCAUGAUUUCGGGCCUCACAAUUACAACCCCGAGGACAUCAAAGCUAUUCGCCAGAACAUGAACAAGUCUUACGACGUCAACACAUCCGGAACACACGUCAUGACCCACGCCUUUGCCCCUCUUCUCAUCAAAUCCUCCGACCCUCGUCUUCUCUUCAUCACCAGCGGACUCUCCACUCUCAAUGGCAUCGAAAGCGCCGGCCUGCUCCCAUUCCAGCCAGGGACCAUCACGGCUGCCGGCUGGCCCAAGCCUUAUACCCCUCAAGCCGGGUACCGGUCUAGUAAGACUGCGCUGAACAUGGUCAUGCAGAACUGGCACUGGCUUCUCAAGGCAGACGGGGUAAAAGUGUGGUGCAUCUCCCCCGGUUUCCUGGCUACGGGGUUGGGAGGAAAUCCGGAUGCGCUGAAGAAGAUGGGUGCGGGUGCGCCAAGCCAGGGAGCCAGGCUGAUUCAACAGGUUGUUGAGGGGGAGCGAGAUGCUGAUGUUGGCAAGGUUGUCAACAAGGACGGUAUCCAACCUUGGUAG